CUUAUAAUCUAUUCUUCAUAAAAUAAUCCCAUACCAAGAUGUCCAUCACCGUCGGAAUAGCUGGAAUUACGGGAAGGUUUGCUCGCGAGCUCACCUCAAUCCUCUUGAAAAACCCGAACGUCACUAUUAAGGGGUACUGCCGCGACCCUUCCAAAGUUCCACAGUCGUUUUCCAAUGUAUCGCUCGUGAAGGGAGAUGCCUACGACGAGCCCGCUAUCCAGUCCUUCGUCACUGGCUGCGAUGUUGUGGUUUGUUGCUACCUCGGUGACCCCAAACUGAUGGUCGAGGGACAGAAACUCCUCAUUGACGCCUGCGCCGCCCAAGGCGUUCCACGCUAUGUCGCCUCGGACUGGUGUGUAGACUAUACCAAGCUCAAGCUGGGACAACUCUUCCCCAAAGACCCUAUGAUUCAUAUCAAGGCAUACUUAGACGCGCAGGAUAAGGUCAAGGGGGUCCAUAUUCUAGUUGGAAUGUUCACUAAUGGCUUUUUCGGCGCACAUUUUGGCAUUUACGAUGCUGUCACUACCACGUUCAAGUACUGGGGCACAGGCAACGAGAUCUGGGAGGGAACUACCUACCGGAACGCAGCUGAGUACACCGCUGCAGUCUGCUUAGACAAGGAUGCCGUGGGUAUUCUCAAACUUGUCGGCGGGCGAUCCACAAUCCAUGAGAUAGCGACAUCAUUCGAACGAGUCUAUGGCGUGAAGCCUAACGUUGAGUGCCAAGGCUCAUUGGACGAUUUAUUCAAGCUCAUGAACGAGCAAAGAGAAAAGGACCCGAAGGACCUCUUCUCGUACAUGUUCUUACUCUUUCAUUAUUACAUGAUCAACGGAACGACCGAAAUUGGACCUCAAUAUGAUAAUGACAAAUAUCCUCAGGUGAAACCUGUAACUUGGGAAGACUAUCUCAGAAAUGUGUCCCAAGAUCAACUACCCAACGCAAUGAGCGUCGUCGGUCAGAAUGUCUAGGGCCGUAAUAAAAAGAUUGAGCCAUCCAUGAGACUAGCAACAUGCGUACACCUAGGUACCUACCUAUUUA